UUCCAGAUGGCGUCACAGACUACGAUGGACUUUUUUGCACGAGAGUUUUCAUACCUCGAAAGAUUCUUCUUUUGAUGACAGUUAGACAGCAAAAUAAGUCUGGGAUACUCAGGAUGGCGGUCACCAUGGAUUCUGUGAGAGAAAAAGCUCUUCAAGAUUAUCGAAAAAAACUUUUGGAGCACAAGGAAGUCGAGUCGCGUCUCAAAGAAAUGAGAGAACAUCUCAAAGAUCUGACAAAGCAGUACGACAAGUCUGAAAAUGAUCUAAAGGCAUUACAAAGCGUUGGACAGAUUGUUGGAGAAGUAUUGAAACAGCUUACCGAAGAGAAGUUUAUAGUAAAGGCAACAAAUGGUCCACGUUAUGUUGUUGGAUGUCGUCGUCAGUUGGACAAAAACAAACUGAAGUCCGGAACUAGAGUUGCUUUAGAUAUGACCACUCUUACAAUCAUGCGCUAUUUACCACGUGAGGUCGAUCCCCUAGUUUACAAUAUGUCCCAUGAAGAUCCCGGUGAUGUGAAGUAUUCUGCGAUCGGUGGUUUGAACGAACAGAUACGCGAACUGCGUGAAGUUAUAGAACUGCCGCUAUUAAAUCCAGAACUUUUUCAAAGAGUUGGCAUCACUCCUCCCAAGGGAUGCUUGUUAUAUGGUCCUCCAGGUACUGGAAAAACGUUGCUGGCAAGAGCCGUUGCCAGCCAGUUGGAUGCAAAUUUCUUAAAGGUCGUUUCGAGUGCAAUUGUUGAUAAAUAUAUUGGAGAGUCGGCCAGAUUAAUCAGAGAGAUGUUUAAUUAUGCUCGGGAUCACCAACCCUGUAUCAUAUUCAUGGACGAAAUUGAUGCCAUUGGUGGCCGCAGAUUUUCUGAAGGUACAAGUGCUGAUCGAGAAAUUCAGAGAACUCUGAUGGAGUUGCUAAAUCAAAUGGAUGGAUUUGAUUCCUUAGGUCAGGUUAAAAUGAUAAUGGCUACAAACAGACCUGAUACUUUGGAUCCUGCGUUAUUACGACCGGGAAGACUUGAUAGAAAAAUUGAAAUACCGUUACCUAAUGAGCAAGCUCGUUUAGACAUUUUGAAGAUUCACGCCUUGCCAAUUGCUAAACACGGUGAAAUUGAUUAUGAAGCGGUAGUUAAACUCUCAGAUGGAUUUAAUGGUGCUGAUUUGAGAAAUGUAUGCACAGAGGCUGGCCUGUUCGCAAUACGAUUAGAACGAGAAUAUGUAAUACAAGAGGAUUUUAUGAAAGCUGUGAGAAAGGUUUCUGACAAUAAGAAACUCGAAUCUAAACUAGAUUAUAAACCUGUGUAAUGUGAUAAGUUUGUUUAACUAUUUUAUACACUCGAAAAUUGACACACCAAAAUGUCUAUCAAUCUCUGUAUGAGUCCAGAUUGGAUCACGCAAUAUUAAUUUGCUAUAUUAUUUCUAUUUCUUAAUGAAAUCACAUAUUUUACAUUUCUGUAAAAGUCUAUCCAGUCGCAUUUACAUUAGCAAACUUGUAUGAUACGGUCAAAAGAAAAUACUAAACUCAAAGAUCAUUGAUGUAAAAUAUACACUUUUAUUUUUGAUUUCAA